AUGGUUAUGGCGGAUUACAAUAUCAACAAAAAGCGAGUCAGGGACGACGAAUCGUCCGAGUUAGACAUCCCUGAGGUCAAGAAAUUAAGAGAAGAUUUGUUACUCGGUAUUCUUGAUGAACCGUACUUCGAUGCGGAGAAUCAAGAUCUUGACUCAGUUAUGAAGAGUUUUGAAGAGGAAUUAUCUUCUUCUUCUGCUUCUUCUAGAGGCGUAGUUGUUGUCGAUUUAACUUCCGACUCCGGCGAGUCUCAGCCGGAACUCGGUUAUCUUCUAGAAGCAUCUGAUGAUGAGCUUGGUUUACCUCCUUCUAAAAGAGAUGACGGUGGAGAAAAAGGUGAACUCACUGAGUUGAUACGAGUUGACUCGGGUGACUCGGCGGAGAACGGCGGGUUUUGGGGAUUUGAUGAGAAUAUACCGAGCUUUGACUCGUUCGAGUUGGGAACCGGUGAGAACUAUAAUCAUAAUACCGAUGACUACGCCGCGUUUGACGAUGGACUUUUCGAGUAUUCUAGCGUUUCUUUUGAUUAUUCUGAUAACUCGUGGCGCCUUGGAAAUAUGCCGGCCGAGUAA